AAGCUACGUCAAAAGCUUUGUUUGUUUACAAACAUUGAAAAAGUAUUUUAAAGUUUGUUGUGCCUUUAAGAAAUUAAUUUAUAAAAUCCGAUGUCUUCCUCCCAAAUAAUUCAUCUUGAUUUAGCCAGACUUCCUGUGAAUCAAAAGGAAAAUCUUUGCAAAAUUCUCGAUCAAAAUGAUUGCUGGGAAGAGCUUGGAUUCCUAAUGAAAUUUAGUGAAUUCGAUAUUGCUAAUGUAAAAACUGAAGCAAUUCGUCUUAGACGUUCACCUUCUGGAGUUCUUCUCAUGAAAUGGGAGAGAUACGCUCAUAAUGUGACUGAACUUUUUAAACUUUUAGCUGACAUGCAACAUUUUCAAGCAAUGGAAGAAAUUAAGGAUUUAGUACAUGUUAAAUAUCAUGUAUGGUUAUCACCUACAAAGCCCCACCUUAGUCGGUUGCUUGCAGAAGAAUCAAAAAAGCAAUUAAAUAUGUCACCUCACGACCAUAGUCAAAUAUUUAAAAACGCAAAAAAGAAUUUGAUGCAAGAAAAUUCUCCAAAAUCAGAAUUCAAAGAGAAUUUGAAAGAGUUGUUAAACAUUCCAGAAAUUCCAAUAAAAGAGCUUGAAGAUGCUACGAACAAAUGGUCAGAGGAAAAUGUUUUGGGAAAAGGAGGCUUCGGAGUUGUUUACAAAGGUGAAUGGAUAUCAACAAAAGUUGCAAUUAAAAAGCUUGAAUAUCGUGAAAGUCGAUCUGGUUCAUCAAAGGAACAUUUAAUUCAAAGCUUAAAUGAAUUACGACAUUUGAAUCAUUGUCGACAUGACAACAUUCUUCCAGUUUAUGGAUAUGCAAUGAAAGAUGAAACAUGUCUGGUUGUAUACCAACUUAUGCCUGGCGGAUCUUUGGAAGAAAGAUUAUCAAAAAGAAGUGGACAUGAACCACUGACAUGGCCACAAAGAUGGAUUGUGUCAAAAGGAACAGCAAGGGGACUUCAAUAUUUACAUAGAUAUAGCUCGAAGCCUUUAAUUCAUGGUGACAUCAAACCUGCAAACAUUCUUCUUGACACUUGCUGUGAGCCAAAGAUUGGCGAUUUCGGAUUGUCACGUGAAGGCCAUGUUGGUGAUGAAUGUCAGGAACUUAGCAGAGUUUUCGGAACUAAACCCUAUUUACCUCAAGAAUUCUUAACUAGAAAUCUAUUUUCAACUAAAGUUGACGUUUUCAGCUUCGGUGUUGUGUUAUUUGAACUCGCAACUGGUCACAAAGCACAUGACAAAUUAAGAAAACACGUUUUCCUCUACGAUUUAAUGGCGAGAGUCGAUGAAUCGUCCAUUGAAGUAAUUAAGAAUGUAAUUGACAAAGUAACACCUAACGACGAAGCUUGUUUCAAUCUCUGUAAACUGAUGAUCUAUCUAGGAAAGAAAUGUACUGAUUGUAAUCCUAACUUCCGACCUGAAAUGAUGAGCGUCUUGAAAGCUUUAGAAACUUUCGUUCCAGUUGUAUCAACAUAAAUAAUUUGUAGAAGAAAAAUAACAAAAUUUUGUAUUUAUUUUACAUUUUCUUUUAUUUGUUUUAAUUCCAGGAUUUGUUCAAUGAAAAGGGAAUAGACGAGGGAGUUAGGGUUUUAAGGUUUCAUUAUUGGCAUGUUUUUUCUUAAAUAAAAUUAACAUCAAAUUGUUAUCUUAAUUCGAUUUCUUUUUUUUUAUUCUUGGAAUCACAUCAAUUUUAUCCGAUAAAUUUUUUUAGAAAAAAAAAGUUUUCCUGAAGUUCAUUACAGUUUUUUUAGGCUUGCGAGAUUUUUUUUUCUUUUAUCAGAUAUUUUUUUUGUUUAUAAUAAGAUAUUAGAUGAACUUGUGAAGGAAUUGUUUUAUUAAUUAAGAGUUAUAAUAUAAAUUAUUAGAAAUAAAAAGAAUAAAAAAAAGAGCUUUUAAUUCAUGUUAUACUAAGUAUUGUGAAUGUAAUUACCGGUCACGAAUAAAGCAUUGACAGUGUACGUUAGCUUCUGGAAACACUUUCAAGAUAAUUCACAAGAUAAGUCUGAAAAUGUUUCUCAUUUCAUUUAUUUUUUUAAGAUUAGUUUACAUAAAGCUUUUGGCUAAGCGUAGAAAUUUAAAUGAAACCACUAAAGGUAUCUUAAUCUUCUUGAAUUAAAAUAAACAACAUUCUUGUGAAUCAUCUUUUAAGUUUCAAACGCAUAUCAAUUUCAGAUGAAUAAGAAUGAUUUCUUUGCCUUUUUUAUAU